GGAGCUAACUGGCUGUUCGACGGGUGCGGAGAGACGGCGGCGAGGGGCAGAAAGGCACCAAGCGGCUUGGCUCGACCCGGCAAAGCAGUUCCAAGGAAUAGCCGGUCGUGUGGCUCAGGUGCUGAACUGCCAUGGGCUAGACUAGAACUCAGCCCCCGGAGUCGAGUUGGGACGGGAGGGGUUGGGGAAGCAGGCAGAAUAACAAGAGGGGUCCGAGCAUGUGCAAAGCGCCACCCUCUCUCCCCAGCGCUAGAACAAACCCUCCACUGUACACGUGCACUUUGCUUUUCAGAAAAUGGGACCUGCUCCAGUGGUUUGUGGGGGGGGGGGGAAUCUCCAGGAACGAUGGCCGAGGGUCUCUCUGAGCAUGUGAAGAGUCUCUGCCACUCUCCCCUGCAGGCGUAUCACCUACCAAUUCGUUUAUCUUGAUGCAAGAACCGCUGCCUGUGUCUCAAUGUUGUCCUGGGUUGAGGAUCAUCUCCCUGCUAAUCCCAGUCAAAGCUCCUCACCAGGGAGGGAACCGCUCUGGAGACGGGGCUUUGCAACUGAUUUUAUGCCACAGAAGCACUAUUAAUUAAUGAAUAGCCCUACUAGUACUACUACUAAUAAUACUAUGGUUUUAUUAUUGUUCCUGAGCAUUUCACAGUGCCCUGACAUUCAUAAAUUAAGCAGGCUAAACUUUCUCUGGCAUGUGCCUCUGAGCAUGGACAGAGUAUUUUCCCGGUGUUAUUACUGAGUAACCACAGGAGGCUUCUUCAGAUUGGGCAGGAGAGAUUUAAUGGCUUUCAGGCUUUCAGGCUGGGCGGGGGGGCUUCCUAGGGAAACAGCCCCAUCCAUCUGCCCAGCCACGCUUCUCAAUUUAGACACUGACCCCUGGAAGUUCCAGGAGCCCCCGACCAGACCACCCAGCUGCAAAGGUGGGAAACUCCCCGGCGGGGAGGGUCUCUGCACCCGGCAGGGUAGGGUGAGGGGCUGGACCCGAGCCAGGUGGGCUUAGCCCCAGACAGGAGCAGAUCCGAAGCAGCCCCAGAAGCAACUUGAGUCCAUGUCGCUUUUAAAAAAAUAGGUCCGGUCGACCCAAUUUGAGUCACACGACUCAAAUUAAUUAAUUUUGUGUGCUAUCUCUUUUGACAAUCCUGAAGUUGUGGAGUCAAUAGUCACAGGUGUUGUAAUCCAUACCAUGAUCAACUCCUGCCCGGGAACCAAUGUCCAGACUGUGGAAGGACGUGUGGAUCCAGAAUUGGCCUCCACAGUCACUUACGGACUCACUGUUAAAACCGUGUUUAUGGAAGACAAUCUUACUCAGCUACGAGUGAUCGCCAAAGAAGAAGAAGUAGAAGUUGGCUGUUCUGCUGAAGAAUGCCUAAAUUCUUUCUGCGCAUUGUCUCCACAAAAUGACCUUGCAAGAAAGCUCUCGGGAUGUGAAUAUGUUGCUCGAAAAAACAGAAAAAUAUUAAUCACAGAACUGUAGAAUGGUUUAGUUGGAAGGGACCCUGAGGGUCAUCUAGCCAAAUCCGCUGCAAUACAGGAACUUUUUGCCCAACAUGGGGCUCAAACUCAAUGCCCUGAGAUGAAAAGUCUCAUGCUUUACCGACAGAGCUAGCAUUCUGCAGACCGGACAGGAGUCGGUGCUUUCUUUGCCCCCUUAGCCAGGCAUGGCGUGCCCCUGGAAGAUCUGGAGUCUCCCCACUCUCUGCUGUAUACCUGAAGGAUCGUCUCUACCCCUAUCGUUCAACCCGGACACUGAGGUCCAGCUCUGAGGGCCUUCUGGCAGUGCCCUCCCUGCGAGAAGUGAGGUUACAGGGAAGCAGGCAGAGGGCCUUCUCAGUAGUGGCGCCCGCCUUGUGGAACGCCCUCCCAUCAGAUGUCAAGGAAAUAAAUAAUGAUCUGACUUUUAGAAGACAUCUGAAGGCAGCCCUGUUUAGGGAAGUUUUUAAUGUUUGAUGUUUUAUUGCAUUAUUAUCAUCAUCAUCAUCAUCAUCAUCAUCAUCAUUAUUUGUGCUGGGGAAACCCAGCCAGAUGUGCAAGGUAUGUAUGUAUAAAUAAAUAUGAUGGUAAUAAUAAUAAUAAUAAUAAUAAUAAUAAUAAUGUGUCCCUUCCCCGAGGCAACAGCACAGUCCUGAACACAUCAGGGGAUAGGCAGGAAUGGUGGACCAGCCCUAAGCCAACUAUAAUGGAUGUGAUAGCUUUUCUAUAUAUAAUUAUAUUAAUUAUUUUUAAUUUUACAACGGCUUGCGUUUCCUGCUGGUUUGUAGCCUUUUCCCCCCCAAACAGCAACAAUGGGAGAUAAGAGCAAUGCUGUCACAGGUUUGGCAUUUGCACUGGCAUACUUCUGGAGCUAAGAGGCGGGAGGAGGCUGGGAAGGUGGCCAGCAGAUGAGAGGGGCUUGAUCAGAAGCUGCUGAGAUGUGUGUAAACAUAAGGCACUAAGUUCUUUCCUUUAAUUCCUUCCCUGUCCUUCUGCCAGGCUAAGCGCUUUCGUCCGGCGAGUGCCUUUGAGAUCAUGGGGAAACUGCAGAGCAAAAUUAGCCGAAACUCCUCCAAACGCAGGUAAGGGGUGCGGGGGGGGGGGAGGACGGGACCAAAGUGGUGAUUUGGUGGGAUUGCAUUUCCCUUUUGUGGAUUUAGAUGCUGGCUUUUCAUCUCGCUCAUCUCCCAGCGGGGCAGCCUGGCAUUUCUGUCUCCUAGCAGCAAUCCUGCGAGGUUGCCUGAUGACAGAGAGAGGAAGAGGGCUGGCCAGGCGCAGCUCGCAGCUCGCAGCUCGCGCAGCUGCCUUGGGCGUCCAGAGGGUCCCUGGUUCAAUCCCUGCCAGCACCUCCAGCUAAAAGGAGCAGCAGGUGGUGGGAAGGACCCUCCCCUUCCUGAGACCCCAAAGAGGCUUGGAGGAGCCAGUUCUCGCUGAGCCGCUCUGGCGCUCUGAGCCAGGAGUUUCUUAAUUAAAGGCGUCCUAUGCAGGCAAUGAUUUUUUUAAGUGUCCACUUAGAAGGCUUGCUGGAAGAGGGAGCACAAAAAAGGCAAGAGAGACAGCGCCUGUCUGAUUUAUGCACUGUAGUGGGAGGGAGUUCCAAAGGGUCGCAGAAAGGAUUACCUGGUGAGGUGGUAUCUGCAGCAAGCCGAGCAUAGUGACCGGUUGGUUGUAGCAAGGGGUGAGGUCAUCUUUCAAGUCUCCUUAGCCGAGUGAUUUAAUUGGCAGCCAGUGCAAUUCUUUCAGUACCGCCGUCGUAGUGCCAGGGCAUUAUUCUGCCCCGGUGAGCAGUUGAGUCUCUGCAUUUUGCAUUUCUGGGACAACCUCAGGGGCAGCCCCACACCAAGCACAUUGCAGCAGUCCAGCCUGAAGAAUAACAGUGCAUGUAUGACCGUGGUCAGGUUAUCCCGGUCCAGAAACAGACAUAGCUGUCUUGCCAGCUGAAGCUGGUUGAUGCAGAGGUCACUUGGCCCUCUAGCUACAGAGAUGGAUCUCGGAGCACCUCCAGAAUAUGAACCUGCUCCAGAAGCAGUAGACGGUCCUUAUCCAAAGCAGGCAAUAGAUUUAGUUGUCUGGGCUCGGGAACCUGCUCAUCCACAGUGCCUCUGUUUUGCCAGGAUUCAGACUCAGAGGGCCUUCUUGGUAGUGGCGCCUGCCCUGUGGAACGCCCUCCCAUCAGAUGUCAAGGACAUGAGCAACUAUCCUACUUUUAGAAGACAUCUGAAGGCAGCCCUGUUUAGGGAAGUUUUUAAUGUUUAAUGCUGUAUUGUGUUUUUAAUAUUCGAUUGGGAGCCGCCCAGAGUGGCUGGGGAAACCCAGCCAGAUGGGCGGGGUAUAAAUAAAUUAUCAUCAUCAUCAUCAUCAAGAGGGCAUCUCAGCUCUGACUCUCCAGUCCCCCUCUCUUUGCACCCCCUCAAUAACUCUUCUCCUCAUUGACCACCUUGUCAUUUCCCUUAUUAAGGUUUGCUCUCUCUCUCUCAUCCUACCCCUCCCCGUCCCUAUCUUCUUUAAAUAUAGCCUUUAUUAUUUGCAAGAAUUGGCAUAACACUUGUUUAAAAUGUGGCAUUAGGCCAUCUCCCUUUUCUUUUUAAUGUUUUUAUUAAAAGAUUUCCAUGAGUAUCAAAAGUACAUUCAGUGUCUCUGCUUUCAAAUCGUGGAGUCCUUCAUGCAGGCUAGUGACAUUCAAUUUGAGACAUUUUUUAUUCCGUUCCCUCCAUAGCCACCAAGUUCCUGGCUUGAACUUUGGACCCUUCUGGCCAGAACAGGCUCUGAAAAAGGAAACGACCUGAACAGAACACAAAACAACGGAGCAGUUCCUGGCUCCAUUGCCCCUUGGUUAUGAAAUCUUUGCCACAGUGGAAAGUGGUUGUUGCAGUGGGGUGCAAGGGGGCUCCUUUGCCAUAAACCAGGAUCUAGUGUUAAGGACGCGGGUGGCGCUGUGGGUUAAACCACAGAGCCUAGGACUUGCCGAUCAGAAGGUUGGCGGUUCAAAUCCCCGUGACGGGGUGAGCUCUCAUUGCUCGCUCCCUGCUCCUGCCAAUUUAGCAGUUCAAAAGCACGUCAAAGUGCAAGUAGAUAAAUAGCGUGAAGGUAAACGGCGUUUCCGUGCGCUGCUCUGGUUCGCCAGAAGCGGCUUAGUCAUGCUGGUCACAUGACCCGGAAGCUGUACGCCGGCUCCCUCGGCCAAUAAAGCGAGAUGAGCGCCGCAACCCCAGAAUUGGCCAUGACUGGACCUAAUGGUCAGGGGUCCCUUUACCUUUAGUGUUAAGAAAACCCAGGUGGGUUUCAGUGCCUCAUAUCAUUCCUGUCUGUUUAUGUUUGCCUUCUCCUUUGCAGGGCUGACAGGUAUGAGGAAGAGCCCCCUCCUGCCAAGGUGGUUCAGCAGCCCUGUCCUGCUCACUGCGGUGCUGUGGCUUCAGUGGCGUCCCUCACAACUGACCUGUGCGUGUCAGGCGGCAAAGACAAGGUAGCUCGCAGGAGAGCAGCUAGCUGCAGCUGGCAGGAGCGCCUCACUGGUCCCAAAUGGAAGAGAGUGUGAGGACUUCUUGGGUCCACCUCUCUCUCCCCCAACCACCUCCCCACAAUCCUGUGUCGCUGCCCCCCUGAUUUCUAAUGCCAGGUUCACGAAAGAAAAGCCCGGGCAGAACAUCGCCUCCCUCUGUGGCCACGUUGCGGCCCCUGGUGGUCUUUCAAGAUGGCUGCCUUUAGGGGCAGGCAGUCCAGGGGAGCUGCUGGAGCACAGAGCUCAGCGGGCAGCAUGCCAUGGAUGCUCCAAAGAGUCCACCUUCCCCUGGGAAUCUGGAGCAACAUUGAGGUCCAUUUCUGAGGGCCUUCUGGUGGUUCCCUCACUGCUGGAAGUGAAGUUACAGGUAGCCAGGCAGAGGGCCUUCUCGGUAGUGGCACCCUCCUUGUGGAAUGCCCUCCUGUCAGAUGCCAAGGAGAUGAGUAACUAUAUAACCUUUAGAAGACAUCUGAAGGCAAUCCUGUAUAAGGAAGUUUUUAAUGUUUGAUGUUUUAUUGUGUUUUUAAUAUUUUGUUGGGAGUCGCCCAGAGUCAGAUGAGCAGUGGCAUAUUAUUAUUAUUAUUAUUAUUAUUAUUAUUAUUAUUAUUAUUCUGCUUGGGUGGCUUUGUGUUAAUGCUGGAGGCUCCGCUUCCUGUUUUUGUUUGAGGGGAAAUUUGCUAUCGUGGUGCAACUGCUAUGCACUUGAGCAACUGAGAUAUGAUACAUGCAUACAGGUUUAUUGUCCGUUGGCUAGAAAUGGAGCAUAUAAACAAAUGGUGCUGCAAACUCAAUUUAAAAAUGAGGCCUCUGAAAAGCUGAACCAGUUCCCUGUCUAGUGCUGGUUGAGAUAUAUGGAGUCGCAGAGAAGCUCAGUUUUGAUAGGCCCUUCCAGUUUAAAAUUGUGCUCCGUUCCCACUCUAUAUUUUAACGCAAAGUUUUCCCGUCAGAGGAACGCCACAUCCAGACCCAUUACCUUUAAAGCACACCUAUUCCACCUUAACAGCCACGGGGUCUGUAGCUUGUUAAGGGUGCUGAGAGUUGUUUUGAGAGUUCCCAGCGCCCUUAACAAACUACCAUUCCCAGGAAUCCUUGUGUAGGUGGUACUUUUUGCAGGAAUCUGAAAUAUUGCAUGAAAGCUUUCCCCCACGUUCUCUUUCUCCAGACUGUUGUUGUGUACAACUGGCGUCGUGGCACCCUGGUCAGGAGGUUCCUAGGUCACGAGCGAGAAGUUACUAAGGUAAACGCCAGAUUUUGGCUGCAAAAAUGUUUUCUUUCUGUCCGUCCCCUUGCAAGCAUAGACAACAGAGACCAGGACCCCAUCAUGUACCAUCAAGCACUAAGCGACAUGCAACCUUAAGAAAGGGCAGGGACACCUGGGAGGGUGUGAGAAGGUGGCUGCUUUGUGCGCAGAAGGCGCUAGGUUCAGUCUCCAGUUGAAAGGCUCUCACAGAAAUAGUAAACAACUACAGUGAUACCUCGGGUUAAGUACUUAAUUCGUUCCGGAGGUCUGUUCUUAACCUGAAACUGUUCUUAACCUGUAGCACCACUUUAGCUAAUGGGGCCGGAGCAUGAUUUCUGUUCUCAUCCUGAAGCAAAGUUCUUAACCCGAGGUACUAUUUCUGGGCUAGUGGAGUCUGUAACCUGAAGCGUAUGUAACCUGAGGUACCACUGUAUCUGACUUUUAGCAGACAUCCGAAAGCAGCCCUGUUUAGGGAAGUUUUUUAUGUGGUUUACUGUGGUUUUAUAACUGUUGCAAGCUGCCCAGGAUGGCUGGGGCAACCCAGUCAGAUGGGCGGCAUAUAAAUCAUAAAUUACUUUUAUUUUAUUUACGUAUUAUAUUUGUAUACUGCCCUAUACCUGUAGAUCUCAGGGCAGUUCACAACAAGAAAUUACAAUAUACAAAACACAAAAUGCAUAAGAAAACAACAACAACUUUUUCUGCCAGAGACCUGGGAGGGUGGCCAUUGCCAGUCAGAGUAGGCAGUGAUGGGUGGAAGAACAGUCUGAGGCAGCUUCCAUGUUUUUUGAACAACCUGUGUGGGAAAGGAUGGUUGUCUGAAUCCACUUCUCUUCUGUUCUGCCCCAGGUGACCUGCCUCCCGGCCUCCAACUGGCUCUUCAGUGCUUCCCGCGACAAGACGGCGCUGAUGUGGGGGUUCCAGGGGGGCUCUGGGGCAGUCCAGGGCUUCUCAGGGCAUGACCUGGUGGUCACUGGCUUGGCUGUCAGCCCAGGUGAGGCGGUGACUCCUGCUGGAGUAAGAAGUCUGUGUCUGGAUUCCUGACAGGUUUCUUCACGGACUCUCUCUUUCCUUGUUAAGUUUUCCAACAGCUUUGCACAGGCUCCCGUGACAACACUGUCUGCACUUGGGACAUAGAGACAGGGGACUGUUUGCACAGAGCGUCCAUUUCCAGGAAUCUGGUAAGUGCCAGAAGACCUUGGAAGGGAGAAGUCCUACUAUUUAUUACAGAUGCCAAAGGCACAAAUCCCUCGCCCAGUUUUAAAGUGACCCCUUAACCAUUUAUAGCUAAGUGGAACUUCCCUCUCUCUCUCUCUCUCUCUCUGUGUGUGUGUGCAAAAAUGGAGUUCGGUUUAUACUAAGGUUACCAGAUUUUUUCCAAAGAAUCUGGGGACACUCUUUUUUUAAAAAACAACAACAUUUAUUUCUAAAAAAAGUUGUUUUUUAAAAAAAUUAAGAAGUAAUAUUUUUUCUGUGGUCUCCUCUGUCACACGGCCUUCCUCUGGGCCCUGGCCUGCUCUCUUGGAGCGCUAGCCCUCCCAGUGCUCUCCUACCUUUCCUCCUGAGUGGCAGCGACGUGGCAAGGUCAGGGCUCCCCUCUUUUUUCUCCUUCCUCUCUCUCCCUCUUCCUUCUCUUCUCCUCCUUCUCCCUGCGUCGGCUCUGGGGUUUUCCUGGCCCCAGAGUGCCACGGGGCAGUUGGCUGGGUGCUCUCGUUCCCGGCUCGAUUUGGGUCACGGGGUGUGUCAGUGGUUCCCCCAGUUGAUGCAUCGUGCGUCCCCGGUUCCCCCUUGGCAGUGGCAGUCUCAGCAGCCUGGAGCCAGCCUGGUAGCGCAGUUGGCUCUGGCUGGCUUCAGGAGCUGCUCGCUGCCGUGGCGCCCGCCAUUUUGCCUGGCCGGAAGUCCCCAUAUGAUGUGUCUUGUGCCGUUGAACCAAUCAUGCAACAUUCAUAAUAAAUCUACAACACUUAAAAUAUAAAUCCAGGGACAUUAAAUGAAAUCCGGGCACAUUCCGGGGACAGAUUUUGUCUGGGGACAGAUAUUAAAAUCCAGGGACUUUCCCUGGGAAAUGGGGACAUCUGGUAACCAUAGUUUAUACUGAAAAUAAAAUACCUGCACCAAAUGAAGGAAACAGUGAAGUUGGUAUAUGAAGCCCUUCUUAUAAUUUUGAAGGAAAUGUAAGCAAUCCACUUUAAAUUAUUUAAUUGCAAUGCUUCAGCAGCCACCAAUUUUUUAAAGGAAAGGUGUGGAGUGUUUAUUCCUUAUUGUAAAUGGAGCCGUGCACUGUCUGCCCACUGAAUGCAACGGCGCUUACUCUCAGGUAACUGGGUAUAGACUAGGGAGCCUUAUACUGCAAUCAUUUUUGCCUUAUACUGCAAUCCAAAUCAUUUUUGCUCAGAGCUCAGUCCCACUGAGUUCAAUAGGAUUUACUCCUUGGUAUGUUCCUGAUCAUUCUCACAGUUUCUUCUUCUUCUGCUUCUGCUUCUGCUUCUUCUUUCCCGCCUUUUCCCCUGACAGGGACUCAAGGCAGCUUACGGUUAAAAAAUUAUUUCAUUCCAUUUAUCUUUGGAAGGUGUUGUACACAAUCCCUUCCCUCACACAUUAUUUCUUUACAACAAUCCUGUGAGAUAGGUUUGGCGGAAAGGUUGUAAUUGGCUCAAGGUGACUGAUGUAGAUGUGUAUAUGACAUCUAUGUGUGCGGCGAGAUCAAAUGCCGGAGAAGCUUCCUGAUGUAGAAUAGGGUGUCCCUAUUUUCAUCAGAGACAUGUUGGAGAUUCUGAUGUUUAUUCCCUGUUUUGGGCUUUCUUACAUACGACUGACUGGCUUUUGUCAGAAAGUGGUCUGGAUGAAAGCUUGGUCCCAUUUCAUGUGGGCUUCUCUGAAAUUCUAAGGGCAUUCUGAGCUGUGCUGAUAUUGUUGAGACCGCAAACUAGGUUGUUUUAAAAACAAUAGAUGCUCGUAAAAUCCUCUGCUUUCCGUUAUUUAACCUUGAAGGAGUAGGCUUUAGAACUUGGUUAUCACUCUUCACUCCACACACUGAUAUGAGACUGCCUUUUUCCCCCAGGGGAGAUUAUUUUGUUUUGGGUUCAAGAAGCUGUACCUCUCUGUUUGAUUCUUUAUUUUGUUGUUAUUAUUUUUUAAUACAAUUUUCAUAAUGUAUUAUAAUAAAGAAAAACAAACCAAUCUAAACAGAAACAAAGGAGGGAGAGAGAGGGGGAGAGAGGGAGGGAGGGCGAGAUGAAAGAAAGAAAGAAAGAAAGAAAGAAAGAAAGAAAGAAAGAAAGAAAACAAAGUCCUCUUUCACGUGUAAAUCUUAACUUGUCCCACACAGAGAAAGGUGAUUCCUCCCAGCUCUCACCUGAGAACUUCCCUUUCUUCUUCCAUCCUGGGAGAUUUUCCCUUCCCUGCCUCUCACACAGGGGGACCGCUUUCUGAUAUGGCUAGAUGAGCUGCCCAUUAAUUGUUCUCUCCCACAGGUAACUCAUCUGUGCUGGGUUCCCGGAGAGCCAUAUAUAGUCCAAGCAUCAGAGGAUAAAACAAUUAGGUAUGUGAGCGCAUGGGAGUGGAGACCGAAUUGUGCACAAAUCCAGCUUUUCUGGCUCUGAACCCAACUUUCUGAAAAUUUUGCUUUUGAAAUUUGAGCUGCGGGGUUCAUCGGCACAGGAUCCCUUGGAGCUGGUGGGUGUAGCAGACCUUGCAGUUCUUGCCAAAACUCGUGCUGGCGGGGGGGGGGGGCUUUCCCUGUGUACACCUGGUGGGGCUAAGCUUUCCUCUGUAGCAGAGCUGAGCUCCAGGACUACCACAAGAUGUAGUGAUGGAAACAGUUUAUUUGCUGCAGUGGAAUACAGACAAAUAAAAAACAUCUUUAUAGCUGAACUUCUCCCCAUCCAAAAGCUUUUUUCAUCUGUAAGGUAAAGGGUAAAGGGACCCCUGACCAUUAGGUCCAGUCAUGACCGACUCUAGGGUUGUGGCGCUCAUCUCGCUUUAUUGGCCAAGGGAGCCGGUGUACAGCUUCCGGGUCAUGUGGCCAGCAUGACUAAGCCGCUUCUGGCGAACCAGAGCAGCGCAUGGAAAUGCCGUUUACCUUCCCGCCGGAGCAGUACCUAUUUAUCUUCUUGCACUUUGAUGUGCUUUUGAACUGCUAGGUUGGCAGGAGCAGGGACUGAGCAACAGGAGCUCACCCCAUCGCGGGGAUUCGAACCGCCGACCUUCUGAUCGGCAAGUCCUAGGCUCUGUGGUUUAACCCACAGUGCCACCCGCGUCCCUUUUUUUACCUGUAGCCAUCAGUUAAAAUCUGUUUUGAUUUUUUUAAUGCCAUAGUUUAUGUUUGUAAUUAACAAAAUCUUCCAUAUGUGUGUGUGUGAUCCAAAUCCCCAAGCAUCCAACCAGCAAAUCCCACUAGGGAACUACUGUAAACACUUUUGGGGUAUCAAUAACAAAGCUCAUCUAUUCUGACUAAGUCAAACUGAGCUGCUCCAUAGGCUGCAAGGGUGGUUGUUGUUGUUACAUGCCCCAAACCUUUCACUGGCUUGUAUAAAAGUCUUUUUUUUUUUUUCAUUUAUUGCCAGAGGUUAUACUGGGGAAGAAAGAUAAAUUUAAAAUGAGAAUAAAAUAGCAUCCCAGUCAUUUUAAUCUGUUUUGGUGCUGCUCAGGACUGUAGGACAGUGGGCGGCCUCUAGCCAGACCUCUUGGGCCGCUUUGGUGGGACGAAAUGUCUUUGGGCCAGCCGGCCACCUUGAGCCCUUUCACGUGCCCAUUGCUGCCCCUUUUGUUUGUGGCAGGAUCUGGGACAGCCGGGAGCUGCGUGUGGCCCACGCCUUCCCUGCCAAGCAGCAUAUCCAGACGUCCUGUGAUGUCAGUUCAGACGGGCGGUACUGUGUCAGCGGCAGCAGUGGCUCUGGCGGUGAAGGCUGUGAGGCCACGGUGAGGUCACCACCAGCUGUGGGCUGAGGCGGGAGCGCUGAGCAGUGGUGGUGGUGGGGAGCUUGAACCGCAGAACUGGAGAGGGGGAGACAGGACCCAAAGGGGCAUCUUCCUAGCCCAGUCCCCCACCGAGCCUCCCUCUCUGGCUCCGUAAAGGGUCUCUCAAUAUGGCAAACUUCCAAAACAACCCGCAAUGUAGCCACCAUUGCUUCCUCAAAGGUAUCCUGCUCAUUGGCGAGGAUUCCGGUGUCAGGGUUGAAGCCAGAUGCACAAAGAGUAUACUGUAUUUUUUUCUCUAUAAGACUCACUUUUUCCCUCCUAAAAAGUAAGGGGAAAUGUGUGUGUGUCUUAUGGAGUGAAUGCAGGCUGCGCAGCUAUCCCAGAAGCCAGAACAGCAAGAGGGAUUGCUGCUUUCACUGCACAGCGAUCCCUCUUGCUGUUCUGGCUUCUGAGAUUCAUAAUUUUUUUGUUUUGUUUUUCUCCUCCAAAAACUAGGUGCGUCUUUUGGUCUGGUGCGUCUUAUAGAGCGAAAAAUACGGUAAAUUUGUUGCUUAGCUUCCAAUGGCCUGGUCAUUGUUUGUUUUAACACUUUCCCUCAUCAGUGAAAAGAGAGGGAGAGAGUCCCCUCCCUUUGGCUUCCAAACCUAAAAAGACAGGGUAGGCGCCGUCGGUGGGAAAAUGGCUUGGCAAUGCCAGGCCAAAAUGGGUGGCAAGGCUGAGUUUCCUCUGAGGGAGUUGUUGCUGCUGACCUGGUGAUACUUUGCAAUGUGCUGAUGCCUUUUUCCUUUUGUUGUAUUGUGUUUUACUCAUUAAAAGCUGCCUCGCAGGGGAAUGUCCCUAAAGGGCACCUUAAACAUCUAAUUUUUAAAGGUAAAUAUUGCCCCUCUGAUUGACGUUGGAGACCGAAGUGUGUUUUCACUCCAGCUUUGCAACAAGGGAAAGCUCAGUGGCGGAGACAGGAGUGAGAUUUGGGAGGGGUAUGGCUUCACCACUUGCUCUUCCUUCCAGCUCUGGGACCUGCGGCAGGUGAAGUGCCGAGUGCGAGAGUUUUGGGGCCACUCCCAGACCACAGCAUCCUGCAUCUUCCUCCCUCGGGGCCUCGGGGCCUCCCCGGCCAUUGCCACUUCGUCGCAUGACUGCACAGUGAGAGUGUGGAGCCAGGACUCUGGAGGUAGAGCGCUCAGCUCCUCUUGCUGGGGGAGAAUUGGCUGCAAGGGCUGCCUUGCUAGAUCAGCAAAGCCUGAAGGAAGCAAACACAUGUUCUUUCACAGACACUUCACUUAAAGAAGUGAAGGCCUGUAGUAAUGGCGGGGUGGGGGGAAAAAUCUGUAAUUCACAUUCUCUAUCUGUUAAGUCCAUCUAUAUCUGUGCUUUGAUUUUUGAAGUUUCCUAUCUUGGACGGAUGAAAAUACUCACUGGAAGGUGAUGGGCAGAAGACAAAGGCCCCUUUGUGAGGGGCAGGGUAGAGAGGAUCUCACAGGGUGGGAGACUGAGGGAAGAGGGGGAAGCUGCCAGGUGAGAGAUGGGAGAGCUCAUUUUUCUGUGUGUGGAAUAAGGGUUAAGAUAUCAUUGUGAUAGAAGGCCUGGUAUUUCUUUUAUUUUCUUUUUUCUUCUUUAUUUUCUUCUGAUGCUUAUUCUUGCUUCUUUCCUAUUUGCCUUCUUUAGAUUAGUUUGGCUUUUAUUGUACAUACCUCAUGUUACGUUUUUUCAUGUUGCCUCCCGCGGCAACCCGGAAGUACUGGAAAGGGUUACUUCCAGGUUUUGCCGCUCGCGCAUGCGCAGUUGCGCUAAAUCACACUUCGCGCAUGUGCACAAGCGCCAAAUCGCACCACACACCUGGGCAGAUAUCGUGCUUUAGGUUGCGGGCCUUUCAUGUUGUGAACGGGCCUCCAGAACGGAUCCCGUUCGCAUCCAGAGGUUGCUGUAUAGUAUGUUGUAUAGUAUGUUGGAAAUUCUUAAUAAAAUUGAUAAAAAGGAACCAACAACAACAACAAAAACCCUAAUGUGCAGACCGAGGGGUGUGUGUGUGUUCCAAACAAGGAACUUGAGGAUUUGCACGAGGUAUAGAGGAGGGUAUGACUGAACCCUGCGUAAUUUCACCAUGCACAACGUUACACACUUUUAUAAUGCCCUCCCCUUACUUGCCUUUUCUUGAAAUGAAAAAGUCCCAAAUGCUGCAAGCUUUCCUCACAGGGGAGUCUCUCAACCCCCUUGGUCUUUUUGGGCACACAUUUCUGUGCCUCCCCCAGUUCUAAAAUAUUCUUUGUAAGGUCAGGUGAGGUGACUAGAACUGGACACAGUAUUCCUAGUGUGAAAUUAUUUUUUUGGGGGGGGGGUUCCCUGACUGGCCAGCCUUGCAGCACCGCAUCUUAUUUCCAUGCCGUGACAAGCUUCACCUGUUGAAUUUCCACUUUUGGGGUGGCUGUUUGCACAGCCCACCCAAACAUUUUGUUGGGCAUGUGAAGCAAAGCUGGCUUGACCCUCCACCAAGAGAGGACGAAGGCAGAUAUUCUCUCCCCGAACACCAACUGACUGCCUCUUUCUUUCUUCUCCUAGCCUGUGUGGCUACUGCCUGCCUUGAAGGAGCCGGGGCUCUGCCUUCGCUGGCCGCCUUCGAGAGCGGCUCGCUCCUCUGCGCCAGCUCCAACUCUGGGAUUCACUUGCUGAAGUUUAGCUCUGCAAAAGGAACUGACCUCCAAGAAGUGGCCAAGUUCUGAACCCCAGAAACCAGCUUCCAUGUGGCAUUGGGGAGCAGCCUUCAUGGGGCUAUUUGGCUGAAAGCCUUCCAUGCUGCUGUGUCAGGGAAGAAGGAAGUGGCACACAGAUGGGGGUGCCUGACCGGAAGACUUCACAGGAGCUGCAGCAAUAGGACAUGGGAUUUGAGCCCUGCUAGCAAAAUUGUAGCUCUGCUUAAUGGGUUUAGCCACACCCAGGUGUAUAAAUGAGAAAGGAAUGGACAGUGAAGCUCCUAAAGUGCCCUUCGCUCACUAUUGUGUGGGGAAGAUGGACCAGAUUUUGUAGAAGCACUUCGUGUUUGUGCAUUUGUCAUGUCCUGUAUCUGAGCCAGUUUUUUAAAUAUAUAUAUAUAUAUAUUUAUAAUUCCAGUAGUUCUCAGGGCAUGCACAUAAGUGUUUAUUCACACACACAUACCCCAAUUUUAUUUUAUUUUUGAAAAAUCUCACUCUUCAGACCCCAAAAUUUCCCAGAACAGCUUAUGGAUCACAACAAACAAAACAGUCACUGCCCCUCAGGGUUACAGUUCUUAAAGGCAUGGCAUAAAAGGAAAACAGAUUUGGGAGGGAGGAGGAAAGAAGCAAGUUCAAGUUCUUAAUGGCAAGUUCUUCUAAUAACCCGCGAGCGUAGGGAAAGCUCAAGGGCAGGAGGCAGAGCCGCAAAUUGCUCCCUCCUCUUCCCUCCUACAGACCAUGCAAGUUGGCACCCAUCUGUGGUGGCCACAUGGCCCCUGCCUGCCUCCACAUCUCUGCAGCCUUGCCUGGACUCUGUGAAAGGAACGAGGCAUGUGUGUGGCGGUGAGGAAAUGCUUUCUUCCAAGGUCUUUCUGUGCGAGGUCGCUGCCGCAGUUUGCUGUUGCAGCCGCAGGAAAGCUCUUGUAAACGUUGACCUGCAAACUUCUGUGGCCCAGGACCCCCAGCCAUAGCGUGGUCUUUCCUCAGAGCCUGGAGCUGCAGGGAGGUGGCCACCUGAGAUGGGAGACGCAUUUGGCACCCAUGGGUGUCUGCACGCCACUCCUAGUCCUUUGGGCUGGCAGCUGCUGACAGGCCUGUUUCUAGCCCUCAUGGUGGAAAAGGCUUAAAACAAGUGGGAAGGAGGUGGAAAGACUGAAGAGCCUGGAGGGGGUGGCUUGAGCUUAACUUCCAGGAAACUGAGGUGAGGGACCCAGGCUGGAGGGUCCUGCAGUUAUGACGCCACCACAGAAUCACAGAAAAACACACAAUCUGCCUGUUUCCACAGACUGCAGAAUCCAGUGUUUUUGGGUGGAUUUUUAAAUGUGCCUCUUUUUGUUCCUCUGGUCCACUUGCCUCUGUAGGGCAAAGUGUUCACUUAACCUGCUUGAUCUUAAACUUCACCACUCACUUAUAAUGAGAGAGAGAGAGAUGUGCUUAUUUGCAUAUGCAAAUAGCCACCUUACCCAAAGCAAGUGAUCAGCCUUGCACUGUAGCUGAUAGAAGGCAGCCAACCAAGCCCAGCUCAGCACUGCAACCUCCAGCAUCAGCGCUGCAAUCCAAACAUUAGGGCUGUGGACAGCAAGAGCCCCAAGACCAUCAGGGCAGUGGCACAGAAGAGUCCAGGAUAGUGGUCCCACAAGAGGCAGCACGUUUCCCAGCAUCUGGAUACGGGGUGGGUGACAACGAGCUCCCUGGGGUCAGACCCUCGGGGCGCGGCAGCCUUGAGCAAUUCCAGGGUCACAAGCACCGCAAAGGCCUCUUCUUUGGCAUUCCCUGGCAGCUUCCUGCACCAGCACAGACGGAAGCCGUCCAGCCAGACCUCCUGCACCUCCCUCAUCCACGGGGGGAACUGCUGGACGAUGUCCAUGUUGACUGGAAGCCUGGGGACUCCUCCGCAGGGUAAGGGGACGCUCCCCCUGCAGAGCGGGCACUGGAAGCUCUGGCUUGACUUGAGGAAGAUGCACAGCUUGGCCAGGCACUCCAAGCAGAAGGUGUGGGAGCAAGGCAGGAGGCGAGGGGCCCUGAAGACAUUGUCGAAGGAGAGGUAGCAAAUGGGGCACUCCGCUGCAGAUGCCCCUUCUUCCACUGUUCGGCUUGCAGCAGUAGGAGAAGGAUCCGUCGCUUCCGCCUGCCCCUGGCCAGACCGGGAGCCACUUUCCACAGAAUUCAAAACCUCCAUAGGGAUAGACUUCCCCACCUCACAGGUCCGUGAUUCCUGGCUUCCUUGCUGAGGGUGGCCUCACCAACCCUAGUUUGAUGAUGGGCUCAGAUGAGAACCGGAGCCUCUGGAGUUUCUCAUGCUGGUGGGACCCUGGCCACAAGAGUCCUCCAGGCUGCUUGAUAUCCUGCGGCCACUCCAGACUCAGAGGCCACCUCUGGGAGGGAGCUCUCAGCCCUCCUCCCAAGAUGGGCUCCUGUGCAUCUAGGCAGUGUGACUGGGCAACCAGCCUUGUGUUUGACACCUUCCCUCCCU